CUUCAUCCAGCACAAGUCCCUGAGGACAACAGAGCUCACCAGCAUCUAAGAGAAGAGCCCAUAAGAAACCACCUUGCCAUAAACAUGACUUCCAAGCUGGCCGUCGCUCUCCUGGCAGCUUUCGUGCUUUCUGCAGCUCUGUGCGAAGCUUCAGUUCUGCCGAUAAUAGAAACAGAACUUCGAUGCCAGUGCAUUGGUUUGCACUCUACACCUUUCCACCCCAAGCUUAUCAGGGAACUGAGAGUGAUUGAGAGUGGACCACACUGUGCAAAUUCAGAAAUCAUUGUAAAGUUAAAGAAUGAAACGUUGCUCUGCCUGGACCCCGAGGAACACUGGGUGCAGAAGGUUGUGCAGAUAUUUUUAGAGGAGUAA